GUGGGUUGGGGUGUGUGAGUGUGUGUAUGUCCGGGGCCCGGGUUUGCCGGGUGCCUGUGGAGUUGGGACGUGGAGUCACCACGGAGGUGGGCACCCAGGACCCUCCCUUGGGACCUCCUAACCCGCUUCCAAGUCCCCUGAACUGGUUCGUCAGCAGCUCCAACUGGAGAACCCCUGGCCAGAAGUUUGCAGCUGUUCAACAUCUGGGCAAGAGCUCACCAAUUCCUCUCUCCACCUAUGCAGGCUGAACUGGGUUAGCAGUGGGGGGUCUAGGGAGUGUGUGGGGUCAGCGGGCUUGGAGGAGAAAGAACCGAAGACACUUAAGAUGCGUUCUUUUGCCCCAGUGCCAGUCCCUUUCCUGUCAGGUUUGGGUCUUAAAGAGAUGGAGAAAGGGGUUGCCAACCUCUAGUGAUUCAAGCUGAUGCCUCUUGAGCUCUGUCCCCCAAGAAAGGAGGUCUCCUGGAUAUGGGCACUCCUGGAGCCAACAACUAGGUUAUCUCAGGAGGCUGUGCAGAGGUUGUCCUGCAGACCAUGAACUGAGUGCUGGUGCCAGACCGUUCAUGAGCACAGCGUAAGGUGUGCCGAGACUGCCACCCAGCGACCCCCUCCCUUCCCUUGCACUGAGGAUUCCCCAGAGAAGAUGGGGAGGAAAAAGAUUCAGAUCCAGCGAAUCACUGAUGAGCGGAACCGACAGGUGACGUUCACCAAGCGGAAGUUCGGACUGAUGAAGAAGGCCUACGAGCUGAGCGUGCUGUGUGACUGUGAGAUCGCACUCAUCAUCUUCAACCACUCCAACAAGCUGUUCCAGUAUGCCAGCACCGACAUGGACAAGGUGCUGCUCAAGUACACCGAGUACAACGAACCGCAUGAGAGCCGGACCAACGCCGACAUCAUCGAGACCCUGAGGAAGAAGGGCUUCAACGGCUGCGACAGCCCGGAGCCUGACGGGGAGGACUCGCUGGAGCAGAGCCCCCUGCUGGAGGACAAGUACCGGCGCGCCAGCGAGGAGCUGGACGGGCUCUUCCGGCGCUAUGGGUCAGCUGUCCCAGCCCCCAACUUUGCCAUGCCUGUCACGGUGCCCGUGUCCAAUCAGAGCUCACUGCAGUUCAGCAAUCCCAGCAGCUCCCUGGUCACCCCUUCCUUGGUGACAUCAUCCCUCACGGACCCACGACUCCUGUCCCCCCAGCAGCCAGCACUACAGAGGAACAGUGUGUCUCCUGGCCUGCCCCAGCGGCCAGCCAGUGCAGGGGCCAUGCUGGGGGGAGACCUCAACAAUGCUAAUGGAGCCUGCCCCAGCCCUGUCGGGAAUGGCUACGUCAGUGCUCGGGCUUCCCCUGGCCUUCUCCCUGUGGCCAAUGGCAACAGCCUAAACAAGGUCAUCCCAGCCAAAUCUCCGCCCCCGCCCACCCACAGCGCCCAGCUUGGAGCCCCCAGCCGCAAGCCCGACCUAAGGGUCAUCACUUCCCAGGGAGGAAAGGGGUUAAUGCAUCACUUGAACAAUGCCCAGCGCCUUGGGGUCUCCCAGUCUACCCACUCACUCACCACCCCAGUGGUUUCCGUGGCAACACCAAGUUUACUCAGCCAGGGCCUCCCCUUUUCUUCCAUGCCCACUGCCUACAACACAGAUUACCAGUUGACCAGCGCAGAGCUCUCCUCCUUACCAGCCUUCAGUUCGCCUGGGGGGCUGUCGCUAGGCAACGUCACCGCCUGGCAACAGCCGCAACAGCCCCAGCAGCCACCACAGCCGCAGCCUCCGCAGCCCCAGCCGCAGCCGCAGCCCCAGCCACCCCAGCAGCCGCAACAGCCACCUCAGCAGCAGCCCCACCUGGUCCCCGUGUCUCUCAGCAACCUAAUCCCGGGCAGCCCCCUGCCCCAUGUAGGUGCUGCCCUCACGGUCACCACCCACCCCCACAUCAGCAUCAAGUCGGAACCGGUGUCCCCAAGCCGGGAGCGCAGUCCUGCGCCUCCCCCUUCAGCUGUGUUCCCAGCUACCCGUCCUGAACCUGGCGAUGGUCUCAGCAGCCCUGCUGGAGGCUCCUAUGAGACAGGGGACCGGGAUGACGGACGGGGGGACUUCGGGCCCACACUGGGCCUGCUGCGUCCAGCCCCAGAGCCCGAGGCUGAGGGCUCAGCUGUGAAGAGGAUGCGGCUGGAUACCUGGACAUUAAAGUGACGAUUCCCACUCCCCUCCUCUCAGCCUCCCUGAUGAAGAGUUGACAAUCUCACCGCCCACCCCUCCCUGUCCUGGCCUCUUCCCGCUCGACCCCCACUUCCUUUCUUGUGCUCCGUGUCCUGUUGACGGUUACAUUUGUGUAUAAUUAUUAUUAUAUUAUUAUUAUUAUUAUAUUUUUUUUAAUUUGGAUUCUCGCUUUGGAGAGGGGAUGCUUCCAUCCCCUCUUUCUGCCCCCCCCCCACCAUUUUCACUGGCCGGGGGGAGCUCUUUUUUGCGGGAAGGGGGGGACACUUUGCACGUUGUACACAUAUGCUGCAGGAGGGGGUGGGGUCCGAUAGGCCUUUGGGAAAGGACAGGUGCGGAGCCCUGCAUGCGGAGCCCUCCCACCCCAUCCCCCAGAUAGAGGGAAAUAACCAAAAAAAAUUACCAAACAACAAAACCCCUUACAAUAGACUGAAACCCCACAGUCAGCUUGACAGAUGGGUUCGUGUUUCAGGGGGAAGGUGAGGCUAAGGUCCUGCAAAGGAUCUCUGCUUCUGAGCUGUUCCCGUGGCCACAGGCAUAUGGGGCAGAAUACCCAAGUCUGGGCACCAGUGGCCCUGCAGACACACAACACACACUCGCUGAUUCUUGUGUGAACUGCACCCUCAAGGUGUGGAGGUGCUGGCCAGGCGUUGGGGCUGGGAAGACUGCCUGGGAAUCUGAGACUGGGAUGGGGAGGGUGUGGGAUGGAGGCUCCUGAAGCACAUUUGGGAAGAAAGACAGAGCCAUGAGGAAAGGGCUGAGGGGGGCAGAGGGCUGGGGCAAGGGGUAAGUGGGGUCCCUCCCUUCCCCAGCGUUUCCUAUAAGAUAUACAGUGCAAUAGCUCCCGGUCCCUCCGUUGGCCCCAGCCCUACAAUGCUGGCCGCACAGUACAGGGAGAAUUGGGGAGAGGAACUCUAGUGAGGUGGCUUAACAGGAGACGCCCUGGGCCCCUGAGGACCGUACCUUUCAUCCAGGGGCAAGUGUGAGUGAGGGGGUGUCCUCUUCCUUGCACGCACACAUCCCCAGAGAGCAGACGUGGGUGGGAGAAGGGGCAGGAUGGAAGAGGGCUGCAGGAGGCCUGCCUCUCUUCAUCCCUCCUGGCCCCUCUCUCUAGCCCUCCUCCGAGCUCCUUCCACCCCUGACCCACCUCUCUGCUCUUGGCGCCCUCAUUGUCUCGCUACCUCCUGUCCCACCACCCUAGGCCGCAUCCCACCUUCCCUCUUGGCUACUGUAAUUGUAAAUAGCAACCUUUGGAAAACGUUAGCAGUGUAACAGUCCAGGAAACUGUUUUUUUUUGUUGUUGUUGUUGUAUUGAUAUGAAAUGAGAUUCUAUUUUUGUCAAAGUAUAUUGUAAUAAUAAUGACUCAAACGGCCCGUACUGUACAGAC